AUGUCGCCGAUCAAGACCGUCGCAGUUCUCGGUGCUACCGGAAAUGUUGGGAAAGUUGCGAUACCAGCUUUGCUCUCUGCCGGCUUCAUUGUAACUGUCAUUGCAAGGCCAGAGAGCACUUCGACCUAUCCCCAAGGCAUCGCUGUCAAGAAGUCUUCUUAUGAUGACCUGAAGACACUUACCGAAGUAUUACAAGGCCAGGAUGCUCUGAUUGAAGCAUUCAACCCCGCCGCUGCCGAGCACCAGAGCACCAUCGUACAGGCUGCUCUGGCCGCCGGCGUGUCUCGUUUGAUCACGCCCGAGUUUAGUACCGACUCUUUUUCUGCGCAUUCCGCGGAAAUUCGAAUCUUUGGACCUAAACAUGAAGCUCAAAAAGAGCUUGAAAGUCUCACGUCGGCGCCUGACUGCACUUUGUCUUGGACAGGUAUUAUCCUCGGGGCGUGGUUUGACUGGGGCAUUGAGGAGGGAUUCUUCUGGGUUAACAAGAAGGAUCGUACUAUCACGCGCUUUGGCUCUGGUGACCAGAAAGUCUCAAUGAGUCAUCUGGCUCUCGUUGGAGAAGCUAUUGUGACUGUUCUUCAAACCCCUGAAAAGUACCGAAAUCGGGUUGCUUAUUUUGCAGAUUACGCCGUCAGUACGAAUGAACUUAUCGACAUGAUUCAAAAGUUCUCG